GGGGGCCAGCGGGGGCCAGGCCCCCUCAAAACUAGGAGAGGGGGGGCCAAAGUAUAGUUUGGCCCCCCGAAUAUUUUGGAAAAGAGAUAUAAAUUGCAGUCUAAUAUAACAUUUACUUAGCAUCAUAUAAUUCUUUUCAACCUGAUUUCUGAUUUGCAUUUGGCCUUCCCUUGUAUUCUGACUAAAAAUGUCUCUUUCCGUAGUGUGAGUACUGAAAUCUGUACGCGCCACGCCAAGAAUUGUUUACAUUUUAUAAAAAUAAUAUAUCAUUGAGCGCAAUCACUACAGUUCCGGUUUGAGCGUCUGCAAAAUCAAUGUAGGCCUAACUAUUAAGCCUGUUUACGCAUGUAAACGUUAUGUAUUUUUUUGUUUUUCAUUGACUCUCAAGGGAAAUGAUAUUUCCACAACUUUAUACCACAAUUAGACAAAUGCAGUGCUAAUUGAUUGUAUGUCCAGGGCUUCAACAGAAGAAUGUAAAAAAAUGGCACACUUAAUUAGAACAAUACAUAAUAUGACUGAUUAAGACAGUUCAGUGCCUAGUCGUAUGUGUAUCAUCAGAAUAACUCAAUGAUUGCUAAAACAUAAAGGUUUGGGGGGCCUAUGGCCAAAUUAAUCCCUGUACAAGGCUUUGAGUCUUUGUCACGAAUAAUGCACAGAGGAUACCUUGCCGCUAACCCUCUCCCCCCCCCCCCACAAACCGCCGGUCGAAAAGGUUUGCCCCCCCCCCCCCCCAAGUUAAACUCGCUCCUACGCCCAUGCUACGCCAUUCGAAAGAUCUCCGGGAGUGGUAUCAGUAUGACCUUUUUGGAAAUUUUAAGAAUUUUAUGACAAAAUGUAUAAAAAUGUGCAAAAUUAACAUUUUCUGUAAUUGGAUGACAUGUAUGAAAUCAAAGAUUGCAUCCAUCGUGUCCCUGCUGAGCUCCGACUUCGGAAGAUCUCCGUACACCUUGUAUGCACCAACUUAUUUUAUGGAUCAAACCAAGGACGUCAUUAUUGGUUCGAUGUCAAAGGUCAGUUUUUAUGAAGAGAAAUAAGAAUGCCAAAGUUACGGAAUCCACGAGUUGUAAAAAUAUUUUUCUCCUCGCCUUUCGGUGGUAUGGAAGAGGAACGUGAAGAACUGACAAGGCGCUACUUUCCAUCUAUCCAUCACCUUUGUAAUUCUUACGGGUUGCAAUUUGCUGCUGUAGAUAUGCGAUGGGGAAUCACUUCAGAGUCAUCUGAUAAUGCACAAGUAAUUAGUAUCUGUCUGCGGGAGAUUGACAGAUCCGAUAUGUUUAUAGGAUUCUUUGGACAGAGAUAUGGCUGGCACGGUGCUGAUGAUACAGGAUUACAAAAGAAUUUUGACAAUGCUUUGACACUUUAUCCUUGGUUGGAACAGUUUAGGGACAAAAGUGUAACCGAGUUAGAAUUUCUGCAUGGAUUCCUAAAUGAGCCUGGCCAUCUUCCAGCAGCUAUUUUCUUUAGAGAUAAUCAUUAUGAUGACAUGAUACGAGAAGAGGGAGCACAGAAGGGAGACAAGAAACAAGUGUUUAAAUAUUCUGCAGAGAGUGAACUAUCUACCAAACUGAUGGAUGACCUCAAACAGAGAGUUUGGCAACAUAGAGAGGAGAGUCUUGGGGUCCAUAUGGAUUAUAAAACACCCACAGAAGCAGCAAAAAUAAUGUAUGAUACAAUCAUGUCAUACUUGAAAGAUAGCCUGCUAGCUGAUCUAGACACAGAGAAGAGGACAGCAAGAGAGGAGUUACUCGGUCAGCAUGAUGCAUUCCUCUCUAGUAGAUGUAACAUCUUUGUACAUGGAGAGAUAUACAUGCAGCAGCUGAAUAAACAACUUCUCUCAGAGCAAGGUCAGAAUGUGCUGGUUAUAGGAAAGGCUGGAAGUGGGAAAUCAGCUUUGUUAUGUAACUGGAUAUCAGCCCUUCAACAAGAUAACAAUAACUACACAAUUGUUUAUCAUUUCAUUGGCUUUGCUGAUGGCAGUGCAGAUGUGAACAGUAUGUUAUCAAGACUAACUGAAGAGUUUGAAUACAUUUUGUCCAAAAUGAUGGAUGGCUCCACACAUACUCGGGAUGAUCCAGAAAGCAUACCAGGCAGUGACGUUGACAAUGACGCAGAGAAAACUCGGCAACUUGUCCAGAGAUUGCUCUCUGUCUUAGAUAAACUCAUCUCACUAGGAAAAACACCCAUCCUAGUCCUUGAUGGGUUAGAUAAAAUCAUAAAAACAAGUAAUAUCAAAAAGGUGUUGUUUUGGUUGCCGACACACUUCCCAGCAUCAGCAAGAGUUGUUUUGUCCACUUUGGAGUCUGACAUUCAAAACAUUGAUGAACUACGAAAUAGAAACUACCUCAUGGUUCAUAUAGAUCCACUGCCUAAUGAAUUUAAACAUGAUAUGUGUGUGAAAAUAUUGAAAGAAACAGGAAAGGAAUUAUCUCCCCCUCAGUUAGAACGUAUUGUAGCUGCAGAUAUGACAAAGAACCCACUCUUUCUGAAAAUUACACUAUCUGAACUUGUAGCAUUUGGCUAUUUUAGACUGCUGGAUAAGAAAAUUGAUUCACUUAUCACAUCUGAAAGCAUUGAAGCUUUGUUCCAACAAGUCCUGACAAGACUUGAAGAGGAUUACAAUGUUGCUGAUUACCAGGAUAACCUUGUUGAACAGGUGAUGUCAAGUAUACAGCUAUCUAGUCAAGGUUUGUCUGAAACAGAAAUCAUGGACAUAUUUUCUAUACCAGAUCAUGUAUGGUCUCCACUUUACUUUGCAAUUGAGAAACUUGUUAUUAGCCAGUCAGGAAGAAUACAGUUUGGAUAUAAAGAACUAGGAGAAGCAGUUUGCAUGAAGUACCUAAAGAACCAAGAUAACAAGAAAUCCUACAUGAGGAAGCUUGUGGAAUACUUUACUGCUGAUCUAAAAAAGCUUGAUCAGUCAAACUGUGUGCAUGGACAACAUUUAACAGUGUGUCGACCAGCGUACGAGUUACCACAUUUGCUUCUUCAGCUUGGAGAUAUGGAACAAUUUAAAGAAUGUCUUUCAAAUUUCUUUGUGUUUUCACAUCUUGCAAGUAACAUCCCAUACCAGCUUGUACAGUUAUGGCGUCACACUGACUUGCUUGGAGAAGAUAUUGCAGACAGACUGUUAGCAUCUUUUGACAAACGUAUAUCAGAAAUCUAUCUCCUUCUGGAAAGCUGUGGUAUAUUGCAAAACUCUACAUCUCCAGGUGUUAGGCUUGUGCAGUUUUUACUGACUGUUGCAGAAGUUCUCAGUAUAGCUGGUCAUACUGAAGCUAAAAAGAAAGUUUUCCAACGAGCCAUCAGUAUUGUGGAAGAUGGUUUACAGGGAGGAAGAGUUGUAAAUCCUGAAGAGUGGAAAGAAACACUGUAUAAAAUGAAAUACAAGCUGGCCUGUAUUUACUGUGAAUCUUACCACACUGCGGAACUUGGUAUACAGCUACACAAGGAUCUUGUUAAACAUCAUGAAAGUCUGUUAGAAGAGAAUGGCCGGACACCUAAGUUACUGACAGAGCUUGGACAUGCAUUCCAUGGAAUAGGAGUUGGAUACUAUAACUUAGGACAAUAUAAUGAGGUUGAGAAGUAUACAAAAAAGUCAAUAGUGUACCAUGAAGAGUCUGGGAAUGCAUCUUUGGAUGACAUAGGUGCCUCAUGGGCUGCUCUAGCAAUGUGCUUAAUAAAGGAGAAUGAGUAUGAAAAGUCUCUGGAAUAUAUAGAAAAAGCUAUUGAGGCCUUUAAAACUCAUUUUUUUGGAGAAUACCCUACUGUGAUUGGUGAGAUGCUAACAAACAAGGCAAUCUGCCUCAGACAUCUAGGUAGAUUAGAAGAAGCGGAAUCAGUUUACCAGAGCUCACUUGAAUUGAAGAUUAAAGCUGUUGGAAGGGAACAUGUGACUGUUGCUAUGACUUACUCAAAUCUCUGCGCAUUAGAAGGUAUCCGUGGAAAUUAUGAUGCAUCUGCAGAACAUGCUAAACAAGCUUUAAAGAUAUAUGAGGCUGUUGGCGAGACUUGGGACAACCCAAAAUACAUUGGAGCCCUGGAAAAUCGCUUAUGUGCUCUUGUUUCAGCAAACAAUUUUGAAGAAGCAGACAAAGAUUUCAUGACCAUACUUAACUGGAGGUUAAAGGAUGGAAGUAUAGAUCACUGCUUGGGAAGUGUGUAUCAAGACAUGGGCAGGUAUUACCUACGAGCUGGGAUGUACGAGAAGGCCUACCAGGUUUUUCAUGCAUUGAUUGGUUCCAAGUUCAGACAAGAUGGUGACUGUGUGACAUAUCUCCUUCUAGAUAUAGCUUGUGGAAACUUACCACCUAAGUUUAGGGAUCAGCUGACUGAGGAAUAUACACUUACAUAUGGUGUAGAAUUAGCACCAGGAAAUGUAAGUCUAUUGAAACAAUUGGUCAUCUAUCACCUGAUUCCCAGCAAUAAUACAGAGGAGAUUUCUCGCAUUAUCAGCAAACAUCAUGACACCAUCAACCCUACUGGGGUAGAAGUUUAUCUCCAUACAUGUGAUUGGUGUGUGAACAGCGAGGGGCAGAUAAAUGAAGAAUGCCAGCAGGCAAUAUUAACGGAAGGUUUACUGAAGUACCCAGAUAACUUGGACCUUCAUAUGAAUUUGGCGAAGAGUUAUUGCAGGAUUGGUCAGCAAGGCCUUGCUUUGCCUCAUGCUCUGAAGGUUGCAGAACAGCAGCUGGAAAACCCAAAGUUACUACUGUUUACUGCCCACACAGCAGCACUGGCAGGGCAAUGUGACGUCUGCACCAAAUGGUGCUCACAUCUCUUGGAACAUUUCACAGAUGAAGAUAUAACAACCCCUGUACAUAAUAUCCUAAAGAAAAAUGAAGAGAUCAGAGAAUAUCUGAAACAAAAUGUGGACCAGUCUGCUGAUUGAGACAUGAGAACCGGACAAAUAGCAGAGAUCAGUCAGUGGCAGUUAUGUGGAACACCCGGCAAUAAACUGGGAUCUUAAAACAACCAAUUGUUUGCUUCUGGCAUACAAGAACUGACCGACACUUACUGGCUGAAAUUAAUAAUUUUUGAAGACUCGUAUCAGUUGAAGAAGAAAUGCAAUACCCUGAAGUUUCAGUUUUCCAUAUAAAAAUGCAUUUUCAUGCAUUCUAGCAUAAAAUUGCUGUUCUUGUUGCUUUUUGGGGGUGUUUUAACAGGAGAGAAAAUGUGUUAACGGAGAGAUUCUCACACUCGUGUGCUGUUAAAACACCUUUUUAUAAAUGCACAUUCCAUGGCUAAGAGUAAACCUAUUACGGCCCCAAAAUGAAGAAUUUAGAAUGAAAUGAUGCCAUCGUGAACAACACUGACAUUCCUGCGCAUUUCAUGGAAAUUUAAUGAUUAUUCAUUUAUUACUUUUAUGCAUUUUAUGCUAGAAUAGCAUACGGGCAUGUUCUUUUCUUGUUAUAACAUCUGCAGAAUCCCCGAGGGAUUGGUUGGUGCCCGAGCCAAUACAGAUGCAUUUCCAUUUAUUUAUACAUUUAUACAUAUUUUGACAAAUUGCUUUACACUGUUUUUGAUAUCUAUGCAUUUUCUUUUACCUGUUUUAACAAAUUUAUUUUUUUACAUAAAAUAUUCUUUUGUUUUUUUUGUUGUUGUUCAGCAAUUUUGUAUGACAUAUAUACACUGGCAUUUCAUUCCUAUUUUAGGUUUUUAGAGGUUACCAAUUCCUGUAUACCGGUAAGCAUUGUUCAAAAAACUGAGCAAAAAUCACAGUAGAGAUUGAAUAUUACAUUAUUUCUUUCCACUCAUCUUUCUCAGUUCAGUGAAUUUGUUGCUAUGGCUGCAGACAGAGUUUUAUAUUUACUGUAAUUGAUCUGUGAUAUUUUUGUACUGUACAUUCAUUUUCACCAUUUUAUAUUUAAUUGAUCUGUGAUAAAAAAAAAAUUGUACUGUACAUUCAAUUUAAGUAUAUGCCAUACAUUCUGAAGUGCAGUAAUUUAAUUCUUACAUUUUAUUAAAGUUUUCAAAUGAUAGUCUUAUUUUCCAAGUUUUAAUAAAUUAUUACAUUAUAUACAUUUAAUAUUUGUACAAUGUACUAGGACAAGGGUAUUUUUUGUAAAGCAAGCAUGAACAUGCUAUAUUUAAUAUUAUCAUUUCUAAUACAUAGAGCACUCACCUCUUCCCGCAAAUACAAAACCAUUUACCAUUGGUGGUUUCUAAUUCAGUUGUAUGUAUAACAUGAAUAUGGUCAUAAGAUUACACUUCUGUGAUGUAGUCCAAAGAAGUCCAAGAAUACCAAGAUCCUAAUUUUUCUAUUUUUGCACAAUUCUAUGUAGAAAAGAUGCUUUACUCAUACUUAAUUGCUAGAAUGCAUUCUGCAUGAAAUCAGAUGGUUUUCAUUGUUAUACUCAAAACAUGGCAAGUUUUACAGUUUGGAACCUAAGUAGUGUUUUAAUGUGUGGACAAGAGUUUUAGAGUGGUAGACAACUACUGACUUGCAUUUCAUGAAGAACUAUUUCUAUUUUUAUGCCCCCACACAUUUAUGUGUGAAGUAAAUAGUUUGGCUGAUGUCCAUAUGUCCGUCUGUCCCGAAAUCUUGUGUGUCCAACUCCUCCCACACUAUUAGAUUGAUUUGCUUCAAACUUUCACAGAUGAACAACCUUGAUGUACAUAUGACCAUAUAGGAAGGAUUUUUUUCUGUGACUAUUUUUAUUGCAGUUAUGGCCCUUUGAUAGUUUUUGCUAUAUGGAAUAUACAGAAAAGUUUUUGCUGUAUGGAAUAUCAAGAAAAGUUUUUGCUGUAUGGAAUAUAUGGAAAAGUUUUUGCUGUAUGGAAUAUAAAGAAAAGUUUUUGCUGUAUGGAAUAUACGGAAAAGUUUUUGCUGUAUGGAAUAUAAAGAAAAGUUUUUGCUGUAUGGAAUAUACGGAAAAGUUUUUGCUGUAUGGAAUAUACAGAAAAUCUCGUGUGUCCAAAUCCUCCAACACUAUUAGCCUGAUUUGCUGCAAACUUUCACUGAUGAACAAGCUUGAUGUACAGGUGACUAUAAAGGAAAGAAUUUUUUCUGUGAAUAUUUUUACUGCAGUUAUGGCCCUUUGAUAGUUUUUGCUAUAUUGAGGAUGGCACAGUAUGUGGGGGCAUCCAUGUCCUGUGGACACAAUUCUAGUUUUCUAGGUUUUUGUCAGUUUGUGGGAGCACUUUCAUGAAAAGUAGAUGCAGGAAAAAAUGGUGUUCUAUAAAGAUAUGCCAAUCAGAUCUGAGUUGAUCAUUUGUUUUAGGAAGCAAAGAAUGAACUGAAUUAGUGACCUUUAACCUAUAACAUCAGGAAUCAGUCUUUAUAACUGUUUCGCUUAGUGUUUGUUUCUUCGCUUUGUCUUGUUGAAGAAUGAAAUUUUCUGUAACCUUUAACAUACAGAUAUUUCAUCAAGAGAAAAAAUUAUCUGCUAAUUUUGUGAAAAAGGCUCUUGUUACAAUUUUGAUGCUCCAUAUAGUCGCUACCUUGUCAGUCUGUCCAUCUAUCUGUCACAUUUCUUGUCCAGAGGAUAACUAAAAAUAUUGAAGGUAUCAAGUUGUAACUUUAUACAAUGAUAAAGCUCAUUGAGAACCCAUUUUUGAAUCAUCUCCCUUUCUUUGAAAACCUUGUCCGGGGCAUAACUCGAAUAUUAUGUAAGUUAUUGACUUGAUACUUUACAUAUUGAUAGAGGUCAGUGAGAGGGAGUGCUGUGAGAAGGAACCAUAUCUUUAGGUGGUCCCAUUUUUUAAUUAUCUCCCUUUCUUUGAAAACCUUAUCCGGGGCAUAACUCGAAUACUAUGUAAGAUAUUGACAUGAUAGUUUACAUAAUAAUAGAGGUCAGUGAGAGGGAGUGCAUUGACAAGGAACCAUAACUCUUGGUGGUCCCAUUUUUGAAUUAUCUCCCUUUUUUGAAAACUUUGUGGCAUAACUCAAACAUUUCUUUCUUGAUAAUGUAUAUACCGGUGUUUGCUUUAAAUUCAUUUGGUGACCCUAGUUAAAGUCUGACAAGAAUACUGUCAUGCUACUUUCAGACAUUUAUAUAUUACAUUACACACAACUUCUUGUCACCUAACUUCAUCAAGUCUACACUUUAUUCUGCAAUAAAUAAAUUUGUUUUCAAAUAAAAUACAUGUUCUUCAUUUGUUAUAUUCCCACCUCACAGGUACAUUUCUUCUUAACACACAACCUCCCUGACUGAAAAGCCCCUUAUGCUACAGUGAUUUUAGGGAGCAUCGAUCAGUGUUACUAAUCAGCUUGUUUUAUGUUAAUUUUAUACCUGUGAUAUAACACUUACUUGUUAAACUGAUAUUAGUUUUAUACACAUUUUUAUAGAGAUAUUUUUGUACUUUAUUUUAUGUUUGGUUUACUAUAACUAUGAUUCUGUGGUGCCAAGAUUAGUAUCAUUUUUCCAUACUCCUGUAUAUUGUUUUGCAAUUACUUUUAUUUAUGAUUACAAUGUUUAUACUAGUUGAGACAAAGAAGUGUAUUUCCAGUAUAUGUUACAUGCUAAUAAUGUGUAAUAAUGUGUUUUUGGGCCCAAAGUGAGGUAUACAGUAAUCCCAUUGACUAGUCUCAACUUUGUUAAUCAGUCUGAAACAUGUAGGUAGGCAUGCAAAAUGAUCUUACAUGUCAGCCCGAGUAAGGCAGGUGUUUUCCCAACCCUAGAGAAGUGGACUAGCUAGCGCUUGGUUUUCCAUUUCACAUUAUCCCCUUGGGUUUAGGAAAACCCUGUCUUACACAGGCAAGCAUGUAAAAUCCGUACAGUCAUACAGUAAAAAAAUAUCAAAGGGUUAGUAGAAAAGACAAUGAAACUUUCACUGAAUGCCGAGGACAAAAAUUUUUAUUUAUUGAAUACCAUAAACUUGCAUAUAAAAAUGAGUUAAGGAAGAUUCAAUAUGCUACUCCAUUCUGAUAUUUAACAGCAUGUGGUAAAAUAUUUGCAUUUUAUUUGUAUUUAUGGUAAUGUUUUGUAUUGAUUUUUACAUUCUAACAUUUAGUUGAUUCAACAGGUGAAAAAAAAUAAAAUAGAACUUUA